CCCGGUCACAACGCGGGGAAGUUGUGUUACUGCGUUGCCAUGGGGUUUUGUGAAACCUAUAGACUGCGAUAGGGUCCCUGCUUUUCUUCUGAGUCUGUCUUUGAUGAAGGAGGAGGAAGAGAUCCCUAUUACUUUUUUUUCUUCUCCCACCAAGACUCGCGGCGGCGCGUUACGAGGAGGAGAAACGAAAGGAGUCGCCGCAUCCAGGAAAGGUGGAGAGGGAGGAAGAGAAGCAGGAGGAGGAGAAAAAGGAGGAGGAGGAGCGGGAGGAGGAAGAGGAGGAGGAGGAGACACGGAGCUGCUCCGGUUGAGACCAACAGCGAAACGAAGAGGCUCAACGUUUUCACCGGUUCCACCUCCAAGCUCUUUCUUCCGGCGCUGGAUGCAAAUCAACUUUGGAGAGAAGAGCUGCGGCAUGAGUUGCACCUGAGGGUUGUCCAAGUGAGACGAAGCCCUCCAUUGUUUUUCCACAGCAGGAUUAGUGGUGUGCUGCAGGAGGCUGAAACGCCUCAGUGGGCCUGAAGUGCUGACCCCUGAAGGGCUGACCCUGAGGUACGGCAUCUUCAGCCCGUCCCGGAAAUGAACUAAGCUCACAGAGGAGAGCGCUGGUUGGUCGGUGAAGUCCUGAAUCCUGCAGUGAAACCAUGAGGUCACAACGAAGCUCCGGAUUGGCUGGUAGGCUGAGGCUGCUGGUGGUCUGCUGCCUCUUUGCCUUUCACACAACCACAGCUAUCGAUAUUCCUCUUGAGGUUUUGGGUCACGUAAACAUUGAGCAGCUGCCCACCAUCACAGAUCAGGCUCCCAGCUCCCUCAUUGCCUUUCCUUUUGACGAGAGCUUCCCGAUGACGUGCGAGGCCAAAGGGAAUCCUGAACCAAAAUUCCAGUGGAAAAAAAACGGAGAAGAUUUUGACCCUUAUCUAGAUCCUCGGCUGAUGAAAGAGGAAAAUUCUGGGACUUUUGUGAUCCCUAACAACGGGAACCUCACAGAGUACCAGGGAACCUACCGCUGUUACGCUUCAAACAAACUGGGGACGGCCAUAUCCAAGGAGAUUGAGUUCAUCGUACCCAAUGUUCCAAAAUUCCCUAACGAGAAGCUGGACCCCGUGGAGGUGGAAGAGGGCCAGCCUUUCAUUCUGAAAUGUGACCCCCCCACAGGCAUCCCGCCCCUGCAGAUCUACUGGAUGACUAUCAACCUCCAGCACAUUGAGCAGGACGAGCGGGUGUCCACCGGCCUCAACGGAGACCUCUACUUCUCACACGCGGUGGAGAAGGACAGCCGGAGGGACUACUGCUGCUUCGCCGCUUUCCAUAGGAUACGCACCAUCGUUCAGAAGACCGCCAUGUCUGUCAACGUCAAGACAAGAGGAGGUGACAGGUCUGAGAGCGCUAAUGCAAUCCUGGAGAGGAAACCCUCACUUCUGACGCCCCCUGGUGGCAGUUCAGAGAAACAGCUGGUCAAAGGAGAGGACUUGGAAUUGGAGUGUAUUCCAGAAGGAAUUCCAACUCCACAGGUGGAGUGGAUAAAAAUUGGUGAUCAGCUUCCCGUUAAAGCAAAGCUGGAGAAUCACAGGAAGCUGCUGAUCGUUCCGAGAGCCCAACAGGAGGACAGUGGGAGGUACAUGUGCAGAGCAAAGAACCCACUGGGAGAAGUUGUCCAUUACUUCACAGUGACAGUUGAAGGUCCUCCUGAGUGGGAGUCAGAGCCACAGAGCCAGCUCAGUAUGAUCGGCUCCCACGUCCACAUCAAGUGCUCGGCCCGUGGCAUCCCGGAGCCCACCAUCACAUGGAGGGUGAACGGCCAGCUGCUGCAGGACUCCCCAGCAGCCAACAGGAAGAUGCUUGGCGAUACCAUCUUUUUACAGAACGUCAAAGCCUCUGACAGCGCCGUCUAUCAGUGUGAGGCCUCCAACAGACAUGGGACCCUUCUGUCCAACGCCAACAUCAUGAUCAUGAACUUGCAGCCAAUGAUUCUCACCAGUAACAGGGAGUUUUACUCUGCAGUGGAGGGACAGAGAGUGAUGAUGCACUGUAAGGUCUUCAGUUCCCCUCCUUCAGCAAUCACUUGGAGCAGGGAUGUCUCCUCUGAGUCGUUGGUGGGGCCCCGGUUUGCGCUUCAUGACGACGGUUCGCUGGAGAUCCACUCGACUGAGAAAGAUGAUGCGGGACAGUACACCUGUUUGGCUAAAAACAUGGAGGGUUCAUCUGCCAUCGACGCUGUGCUCUACAUAAAAGAUCCCACCAGAAUAGUGGUGGCCCCAAAGGACCUGCAGAUCUUAAAAGGCAGCGCAGCCCAGCUCUCCUGCCUGGCAGAGUACGACAAGUCCUUCAGCAACGACUUUGAGCUCCUGUGGGAGAAAGAUAACACACAGAUAGCUCUCAACUAUACAGAGAAUCCCAGAUACAUCAUGGAGGACGGCUAUCUUAACAUCAGCGACGUUAACCAUGGAGAUCAGGGUGUGUACAAUUGCGUGGCGAAGACUCCGCUGGACAGAGACACAGCUUCAGCCUUCCUCAUGGUGUUAGAUGUCCCCGUCGCUCCAGAGAGUUUGGUUUUAUCUGAGCACAAGAGUAAAAGCGUAAAGCUGGAGUGGAUUCCCGGGGACGACCACAACAGCUCCCCUACAGAAUUCGUCAUCGAGUUUGAGGAAAACAAGUGGGAGCCAGGAAACUGGAAGGAGCUGCUCCGAGUCCCUGGGAACCACAACUCUGCCAUCCUCAGGCUCCAUGGUCACAUUGAGUAUCGCUUCCGUGUUUACGCCAUCAGCGCCAUCGGAGCGGGGCCACCCAGCGAACCCACGGAGAGAUACAAGACCCCCCCGUCAGCCCCUGACAAAAACCCAGAAAAUAUCAAAAUCGAAGGUCAUUUGCCACAUGAAAUGAAUAUCAACUGGGAGCCGCUGCUGCCCAUCGAGCACAACGGCCCCGGCCUGGAGUACAAGGUGAGCUACAGGCAGCAGGACGGGCAGGAGGAGUGGACAGAGCACACCGUGAAGAGGCACUCAUUUGUGGUGCGAAAAACACCCACCUUCAUUCCCUACGAGGUUAAGAUCCAGGCCAGGAACAACCAGGGGUGGGGGCCCGAGCCCAGGAUUGUGAGCGGAUACUCAGGAGAGGACUUUCCCUCUGCUGCACCUGACAACGUAGCUGUGGAGGUGAUGAACAGCUCAGCGGUCAGAGUGACCUGGACACGUGUCCACAAGGACAAGCUCCAUGGACAUCUGGGAGGCUACAGGAUAAACUGGUGGCGCCUGCGCAGCCUGGUGGACUCGAAGAAAAGCCACGGAGACAAACACUCUCUGGCGUUCCCCGGGGAUCGGACCCAUGGUACUGUGCCGGGCCUGACACCCUUCUCUGAGUACAGCCUCAUUGUCAUGACCUUCAACGGGCGAGGCAACGGUCCGGGCAGCCAGCCGGUCAACUUCAAAACCCCAGAGGGAGUCCCAGAGAAAAACCCAGUUUUGAGGGUCACAGAUGUAAAGAGGAACUCUGUGUCUCUGGCCUGGGCCCCUCCUUUGGAGCCCAAUGGGAUUCUAACAGGAUAUCUACUGGAGUACCAGCUCAUUAACGACACAGAGGAAGUUGGGCCUUUGCAGGCUGUGAACAUCAGCAACCCUGACACCACCAAGUGGAUCCUGCAUGAAUUAGAGCCUCUGAGCAAAUACAAGUUGUAUCUUCGCUCCUGCACUGUGGUUGGCUGUGGGCCCGUUGUCAGCGAGGAGAGCACCACCGCCCUGGAAACAACUUCUUCUUUGGCUCCUACUAUUGGCAUCAGAAAGUCUCUCUCAACGACGACCACUCCAAAGUCACAUGUGACCAAACCCACACGUCCCAACAUAGGCCUGGCCAGCGUCCAUGGAGGAAUCUCCACCCAGGGCUGGUUUAUCGGCCUCAUGUCUGCCAUCGCUCUGCUCACACUCAUCGUGUUGAUUGCCUGCUUUGUCAACAGAAAUAAAGGAGGAAAGUAUUCCGUGAAAGAAAAAGAAGACCUUCAUCCAGACGUGGAGUCCCAGGGCAUGAAUGAUGACACAUUCUGUGAAUACAGCGACAAUGAUGAGAAACCGCUGAAGGGCAGCCAACGCUCCCUCAGCAAGGACAUCAAGGCGGCGGACAGCGGGGACAGCCUGGUGGACUAUGGCGAUGAGGACGUUCAGUUCAACGAAGACGGCUCGUUCAUCGGCGAGUACGGGAGCCGCAAGGAGAAGAGGGCGCCGGCCGAGGUCAAAGCGUCCACUCAGACCCCAGUGUGAGGAACAGAACGCCUAGCCAGUUUCAUCCUACCCACAUGGAACCAACAAACCCAGGAGGACAGAGACAUUAUCGAAGACUGCCGAACAUUUGUGUCAAAACGUAAUGAGUCUGCACACUGUCAUACUCAUCCUCUAAAGCUCUGUUCCUUCACACUGCAACAUGAGCGUUACUAAAUACUAUGUAUAUAUAGUGUAUAUUGUAUGUGUUGAGUGUUCCUUUUUUUAUAAUUAUUAUCACAAAAACUUUAGAAGUGGUGAUUUGUUUUGUAUUAUUUUCUCUUCAUAUUGGUGUUUUCAGCUGCACUCUGGUUUGUAUAAAUGCACUCUCACAUCACGCUAUGGCAUUACAUGAACCACUGAUGUCACUGUGUUGCAGACAAGUGGGGAGAAGUUGAUAUUUUUCCAGUCGAGCAAUUAUUACUGACCUUUUUAUAUCUGAAACAAUUCAUUAAAUUUGAUGUAAUUUGUGUAUGAAAGUGUGCCUAUUAACUUGUUGUUCUCAGUGGUUUAUACCUGACAAAAUAAUGAGGAAAUCUACAUACCACUGCAUCACCAUAGCUAUCCUGAGACAUGAGUGUCCCUGUUAUCAGCAGCUUCAGUCUUUGGUUAAUGUGAAGCCCCUUCUCCAUAGGCGUCCUCUGGCCACAUUCCUCUCCAUUUGCAGAUCCUUCCUGAUUCCUCACAGUUUUUUGGAACCACUGCAGGGUCGGUAAGCGUGGGUGUUUUUACUUCUGAUGGUCCAGUAGACUUGGUUUGAUUAGGAACCAAAACUUCGACAUGAGGUAAAAAAAACCUCAUGUCGCAGCAGCAUUUUCAGCUGCUGCGACAUGAAUUCACUUUCACACUGAACUGAGUGAAACAAACCAAACCCUCUGAGCAACCCAAGAACCACAGGAGAAAACAACACGAAAACUUCUGAAGGAUACUCCUAGUGCAGUUUCCGUCUUUAUAAAUUAUGAACAAAAUUUUACUGGUUGUAGUUUUUUCUUUUGGCUUUGGUAAAAGACUGUAACCAUUGUUCCCCCAAGUGCUAGACUAGGCACAUGAACUAGAGUUCAGUGAAAACGGACUAUAGAGGGAUGCUGUGAAUGCAUCGUCAAUCAACUUUGCUAGAAGAGAACACUCAGCAUCAACUGAACAGGGAAAUUUGCAACAAAUAUAGCGAGAAGUUUCAGAAAUCCGUCUGCCCACAAAAUGACAUUAUUGGAGCACCAACGGCCCUCCCAUGGUUUUGCCCAUGUUCAUACCCCAUGGUGAGGAUCACACUCCCAGAUUGGAUAAAAUUCACCAAAACAUUGACCGUCUAAAGUGAGACUUGACAAUGGAGAAAGGGUUUUAUUUUUCCACAUAUUCUCAUCUUCCUGAAAUAAUAGC